AUGUGUAAAUAUUUAGUGAUCGUUUUCGUUUGUUUGCUAAAAUUUGCCAACGCCAACGAGUGCAAACGGGUCGGUGAUUGCUCGUGCGAAUUCUACGACGGUACCGGCAUUAAUCUAAAACCAAUCAUUGACAUUGGGGCCCAACCAUUGCACACAAACGUAUCGAACGGGGAUGCGUACUACUUCAGCCCCUGUCAGGAUAUAUCCUACACGAUGGAUGAUAGCAAACCGAACAUAACCAACGUUGAUUGCAAGAAAGGAUACACGCUUUGCAAGUAUGAAGCGGCCAACAGUACAUUGGUACGGUUAGGUGAGUUAAAGGAAACGCAGUUUACCACGGACGAUGGGCUUUAUCUCACUUACAUCAAACCGAACCAUAGUAUUACACAUGUAAAAUUGGUUUGUACGACCGAUAAGAAAUCGUUCUUUUUCCCGGAUUCCACCACCAACGUUACGACGCAUCUGUUGCUUUUCUCCCCGUACGCAUGUCCCAUCGUACUGGAAGAUUUCAGCAAACCAAGCACCGGCACGGUUCUGCUGAUAAUGCUGUUCGUGGUCGUUAUGUCGUACUUCAUCAUUGGAGCAACUGUGAACGCAUUCUAUCUCGGUGCUCGGGGAAUGGAGAUCGUACCGCAUUUGGAUUUCUGGCGCGGUCUGCCCGGCCUUGUGCGGGAUGGUGCCCAAUUUUUACAGAAUGGCUGCAGGGUCGCAAAUCGAACACCGGAUCCGGAUUCGUACGACGCCAUAUAA